UUCCGCGGUUCACAGAUCGGGAAGAUGGCUGACGGUGAAGUUUCUUCAGUUAAGAAAGAUAAGAAGAAAAAAGCAAAGAAGAUUUCCGAUGAAGAAGUUGGGGAAAUCCAAGAAACUGGUGACUUUCUCAUCAAACCUGAGUCUAAAGUGGCCAAGCUUGACACAUCCCAGUGGCCAUUGCUGCUUAAGAACUUCGACAAGCUUAACAUAAGAACAGCACACUACACUCCUCUGCCACAUGGUUCAAAUCCACUGAAGAGAGACAUUAACGAUUAUGUCAGAUAUGGCUUUAUUAACCUGGACAAGCCAGCGAAUCCCUCCUCUCAUGAAGUAGUGGCCUGGAUCAAGCGGAUCCUGCGUGUGGACAAGACGGGUCACAGCGGCACACUGGACCCAAAAGUCACAGGUUGUCUAAUUGUGUGCAUUGAUAAAGCAACACGAUUGGUCAAAUCCCAGCAGAGUGCUGGCAAAGAGUACGUGGGCAUAGUACGGCUGCACAAUGCAAUAGAGAAUGAGCAUCAGCUUGCACGGGCUCUGGAGUGCCUCACUGGAGCCCUGUUCCAAAGACCACCUCUUAUAGCUGCAGUAAAACGCCAACUCCGAGUCAGGACCAUCUACGAGAGCAAGCUGAUUGAAUAUGACCCAGAGAGAAGACUUGGCAUUUUCUGGGUUAGCUGUGAGGCAGGAACAUAUAUCAGAACGCUGUGUGUUCACUUGGGGCUGCUGCUGGGAGUUGGAGGGCAGAUGCAGGAGCUCAGGAGGGUCCGGUCUGGAGUGCUGGGUGAGAAGGAUUGUAUGGUAACCAUGCAUGAUGUAUUGGAUGCCCAGUGGCAGUUUGACCACAACAAGGAUGAGAGCUACUUGAGGAGAGUUAUUUAUCCCCUGGAGAAGCUGCUCGUCUCCCACAAGAGGAUUGUCAUGAAGGACAGUGCGGUCAAUGCCAUCUGCUACGGUGCUAAAAUAAUGUUACCGGGUGUGUUGCGGUAUGAAGAUGGUAUCGAGGUGAACCAAGACAUUGUCGUCAUCACAACUAAAGGAGAGGCGAUUUGCACAGCUGUAGCGCUGAUGACGACGGCAGUCAUCUCCACGUGUGACCACGGGGUUGUAGCAAAGAUCAAGAGGGUCAUAAUGGAAAGAGACACGUACCCUCGCAAAUGGGGUCUAGGCCCCAAGGCCAGUCAGAAGAAAAUGAUGAUCCAGAAGGGGCUACUGGACAAACACGGCAAGCCAAACGGCAGCACUCCAUCAGAGUGGAAAGAAGGCUAUGUAGACUACAGUGCUAAACCCAAGGUGGCAGCUCAAGAUGGUGAGGCUAAGGAAUCCGGAGCAAAGAGAAAACGGGACGAGAGUGGAAGUGAAGGUGAAGCUGCGCCCGCCACUCCAAAGACAGACGAGGUCAAGAAAGAGAAGAAGAAAAAGAAGAAAGACAAGAAAAUGAAGCUGGAGGAAAUGGCCGAAGGUGCUGAUGCUGCAGAGGAAGCACCAGCAGAAGAGGAAGCAGAGGUCACAGAGAGUGCUAAAAAGAAGAAGAAGAAAAAGAAGGCUAAAGAAGCUGAGGCUGCAUCAGACUGAACACAUCUCCAAGACUCUUAAGCACUCAAAGCAAAUGGAACAUGGAGUGAACACAGGCCCAGAAUUGGAACCGUUUGCCUUCUCUCACCCGAUCUGUUUCAUCUACAGUGAUGUUGACGUCUCAAGAUUUACAUCAAACCAACCCUGACAAGUGUUCAGCACUGCUAUCAUGCUUAUUGCUGGGAUGGAGCGGUACAAAGCAACCCGAGCAGCGUCCUUUAAAAAGUCUGGUCAAUGAAAACUGCUGUAUGAUUUUUACAGUAUUUAUGAACAUCUGUACAGUGUUCCUAGUUCCUUUUUACAAGUAUCAGACUGUGGUAAUUAAAUGUAUGCCAGAUGAAAGGCAAUACACAAGUGUAACAGCGGUUAUGUUUAUUUUGUAAGCCUUGACUGGAAGAAUGGCCAACAUGUUCAGUCCCCUUUGUGCCCAUUUUUACUUUUGUUUCCUGUUUAAAGGCGAAUGCAGUCUGUUGUGAAUCUGUUUUUGGCUUUUUACAUAUGUGGAAAUGUAUCCUUUAUUUUGUAUAUAGAUCAAAUUGUAUUUCAAACCAGAUGAGUUUGAUUAAAUAAGUUUUUUUUUUUCCUAA